AGAUGAGAUCCAUCCUUCUCCCCAACCCCAACCCCGAAACCUAAUUUUAGUUAGUUUUUCCACUCACAUUGAUUCAUCACAAUAUAAUCCAUACUUGAAAAACUUUUGAGACUUAAUUAAAGUCCAACAUAUGUGUGCAAGCUAGCUGUUGAGAAGAUGAAGAUGGAUAACUAACUCGGAUAAUAACAAAAAGACACAUGCAUAUUGGUCAUGUGUGAUUGAUUGAUUAAUUUAGAAACAACGGGCAGACCAAAUUUCUUAGCGACAUUCAUCUCAUGAGCAACCUCUCCAGUCAAGCUCACAACUUUAGCGUUUUUCAUAUAAAACCCAUUUCCCAAUUACCUUCACAAGAAAGGAUAGGAGAUGGACCGACCAAUGAAGAGCUCAUCAUCGUCAGCAGCAGCAGGUGCAGAGGAAGUAGUAAUGGAGAUAGAGGCCCACAAGCCACAAACAAAUGGUCUGGUUGUUGGAGGGCUUAGCCCUUUGAGUGAAAGCCUGUGGAAGGAGAGAACCUACACAGAAUUUGUGGGUGACGUGUCGGCCAGGCUGGCUUGGAAAGAUCUAACGGUAACCGUCACCCUCAGCAAUGGAGACUCUCAGAAUGUUUUGGAGGGACUGAGUGGGUAUGCUGAGCCUGGAUCCUUUACUGCUCUCAUGGGCCCUUCCGGCUCCGGAAAAUCCACGUUGCUCGAUGCCCUUUCUGGCCGCCUUGCUGCCAAUGCAUUCCUUUCUGGGCUAAUUCUGCUUAAUGGCCGCAAGGCCAACUUAUCGUUCGGGACAGCUGCCUAUGUAACGCAAGAUGACAACUUGAUCGGCACCCUGACGGUUCGUGAAACAAUAUCAUAUUCGGCCCGGCUGAGACUGCCGGACAGAAUGCCGUGGGCAGACAAACGGGCACUGGUCGAGAGCACAAUCAUUGAGAUGGGACUUCAAGAUUGCUCAGACACAGUCAUCGGCAAUUGGCACUUGCGUGGUGUGAGUGGUGGAGAAAGAAGAAGGGUUAGCAUUGCUGUGGAGAUCCUGAUGAGACCAAGGUUACUUUUUCUUGAUGAACCCACCAGUGGUCUUGACAGCGCAUCAGCAUUCUUCGUCACCCAGACUUUGCGUGGGCUGUCCAGAGAUGGCCGAACAGUCAUAGCCUCCAUUCACCAGCCCAGUAGUGAAGUUUUUGAGCUGUUUGACAGAUUAUACUUACUUUCUGGUGGAAAAACCGUUUACUUUGGCCAGGCUUCCGAAGCAUACGAGGCAACAAUUCUUUCACUUCUUUUUUUUGCUCAAGCUGGCUUUCCAUGUCCAGCUUUACGGAACCCCUCUGAUCAUUUCCUCCGUUGCAUCAACUCUGAUUUUGACAAGGUUAAAGCUACACUGAAAGGAUCCAUGAAAAUAAAGUUUGAGGCUACUGACGAUCCUAUGGAAAAAGUAACCACGACAGAAGCUAUUCGGACGCUGGUUGACUCUUAUCAUGCUUCUCAGUAUUGUUAUUCAGCAAAAGAAAGAAUUGAGGAGAUAUCCAAAAUUAAAGGAACUGUGCUAGAUUCUGGAGGGAGCCAGGCAAGUUUCUUCAUGCAGGCUACUACCUUAACCGCACGCUCAUUCGUUAAUAUGUCAAGAGACUUUGGUUAUUACUGGCUGAGGCUCGUUAUCUAUGUCGUGGUCACAAUUUGCAUUGGGACCAUUUAUUUGAAUGUCGGAACAAGCUACAAUUCAAUCCUGGCAAGGGGUGCGUGUGCAUCUUUCGUUUUUGGUUUUGUGACUUUUAUGUCCAUUGGUGGAUUCCCUUCGUUUGUGGAAGAUAUGAAGGUUUUCCAAAGGGAGAGACUUAAUGGGCACUAUGGAGUUACUGCCUUUGUGAUUAGCAACACAUUGUCUGCAAUGCCUUUUCUGAUAUUAAUCACCUUCAUAUCCGGUACUGUGUGCUACUUCAUGGUACGCCUCCACCCAGGCUUGUCACACUAUUUAUUCUUCAUAUUGUGCCUUUACGCGAGUGUUACUGUGGUUGAGAGCCUCAUGAUGGCUAUUGCCAGUGUUGUUCCUAAUUUCCUUAUGGGUAUCAUCAUUGGGGCUGGAAUACAGGGAAUAUUUAUGCUCGUCUCUGGCUACUUCCGACUUCCGAAGGACAUCCCAAAACCUUUCUGGCGUUACCCAAUGUCUUACAUAAGUUUCCACUUCUGGGCUCUGCAGGGGCAGUACCAGAAUGAUCUAAAAGGCUUAGUCUUUGACAAUCAGUCACCUGAUCUUCCAAAGAUUCCAGGAGAAUAUAUCUUACAAAAUGUUUUCCAGAUUGAUAUGCAGAGAUCAAAAUGGGUGGAUCUAAGUGUUCUCUUGAGCAUGAUUAUAAUUUAUAGGAUUAUCUUCUUCAUCAUGAUCAAAGUUAACGAGGAUGUCACCCCUUGGGUUCGUGGUUAUAUGGCACGACGAAGAAUGCAACAAAAAAAUGCUAGCCAGAAUACUACAGUCACUCCAUUUGCUCUUACCCAAUCACCUUCCCUCAGGAAUUAUGUCCAAAAUCGUGCUUCUGGUAGAUAGUUAAUACAGCACCCAAUUUCCACUGUCAGGCUGCAGUUGUUGGAACUCCAUGAAAGGCAAACUAUUUGAUCUUAAAUAUCACUACAACGGAGGAUUUAGCUAACUUUUGAAGUUUUUUUACUGGAAUUUAGACAUAUGGAUUUUGCAUACCAUUAUCUUCAAUCGAGAGACAUGUAUUAAAUGCUAGUGGCUACUAGUUAUAAUUUGCUAUUGUGGAGAGAGGGGAAAUAUUUUAAUUUUUAAUUCCCCAUGUAUUACUGUAAAAGAGUAGGUAACCCACUUAACUUCCAUUGCAAAAUCUUUCCGCAAAUUGCACUUAGGUAACUAACAGGGUAAUUAAUAACUAACUGAUCCUGUUAGCAGGUCUAUGGCAAGCUCCCACAGGACAAUUCUUGAAUGAAAUGAAUAACUAUUUCUGCAUACUCUGUCCAGGCAUGAAACAUUAGAUGGAACCCAACG